AUGGAAAUUAGUCACAAAAAAUGUUCAUCUCAAAAGGAAGAAGAUGGGCAAGCCAUCACCCAGAUGUGGAAAUACACAUUUGGUUUCACCGAAUUGGCUGCAAUAAAAUGCAUCAUAGACCUUAAAAUUGCAGACAUUAUCGAAGGUAAUGGAAGCCCCAUGACAUUGGCGGAGCUAUCCACUACUUCAAACUGUUCUUCCACCCUCCUUUACCGCAUCAUGAGGUUCCUCAUUCAUCGUGGAAUUUUCAGAGAAGAAACCACCGCUGAAAGCCAUAUAGGCUAUGCGCACACACCCUUGUCUCGCUUGCUUGCCACCAACGUUGAGAACAGCAUGGCUCCCAUGAUUCUGUUUAAAAUUAGCCCUGUGAUGCUUGCACCAUGGCAGUGUUUGAGCGCCCACUUAAAGAACAGCGACACUUCACCAUUUGAGAUUGCUCAUGGGAAGGAUAUAUGGAGUUAUGCUGCAGCAAAUCCGGAGUACAAUAUGCUGUGCAAUGAGGCCAUGGCUUGUUCUGCUAGGGUCACUACUUCGGCUAUACUUGAAGGAUGUGGUGAUAUUUUUGAUGGUGUUGGAUGUUUGGUCGAUGUGGGUGGAGGAAAUGGUAGCACUUUGAGUAUUCUAGUUAAGGCUUGUCCAUGGAUGAGAGGUAUCAAUUUUGAUCUUCCACAUGUUGUGUCUGCUUCACUCGAGUACGAUAACGUGCAGCAUGUAGCUGGUGAUAUGUUCGAUUUUAUCCCUAAAGCUGAUGUUGCUUUCCUCAAGUGUAUUCUACACGAUUGGGACGACGAAGAAUGUAUUAAAAUUUUGAAGAACUGCAAGGAAGCGAUCUCAAAAAACAAAGGGAAAGUGAUAAUCAUAGAAGCAGUAAUUGAAGGAACCGAAAAAUCAGAUGUGGGAUUGAUGUUUGACCUAUUGAUGAUUGAAGGAACCGAAAAAUCAGAUGUGGGAUUGAUGUUUGACCUAUUGAUGAUGGCCUAUACCAACAAAGGCAAGGAAAGAACACAUGAAGAGUGGGCAUAUCUUAUCCAUGCAGCUGGUUACAGUCGAUACACUGUUACACCCAUUCAAGCUAUCCAAUCGAUUAUUCAAUGCUUCUCUUAA